AUGAUAGCAGGCCUACUACUUUUUGCAGAAAGACAUUUUUUCUCUCCACAGGUGAUAAACAUGGAGGUGCAGACGUACACAGACGGAUAUGAUUAUGAUGAUCCCGAUGAUAACGAAAUAGAAUAUAUCUGUAAAGUGAAUCUCAACCGUGAUAUGGAGAUAGUCAUUCAGACCUACGUCCAUUCCUUCAUCUGUGCAUUCGGUCUCUGUGGCAAUGCGUUGGUGAUUGUCACAUAUGCCUUCUACAAGAAAGCCAAGACCAUGACGGACAUGUACCUUCUGAACGUGGCGGUGGCAGAUCUGCUGUUCAUAGUGGCCCUGCCGCUCAUCAUCUACAAUGAACAGCAUGACUGGAGCAUGGGCUCAGCGGUCUGCAAGGUACGGGUUUGGACAGUUCCUGAUGCAGUUCCUAAUAAAGCUCCUGAUGUUUCAAUGUUGUUCAUGUUACAGUGAAGUCAGAUGCAGAUUUCCUCAUUGCAUGGAAUUAUAAGAAUGUGUUCUUCAUUUUCUAAGGCCCUGCGAGGAGCCUACAGCAUCAACCUGUACAGUGGCAUGCUUCUGCUGGCGUGCAUCAGUGGAGACCGCUACAUCUCCAUCGUCCAGGCCAGGCGCUCCUUCGGCCUCCGCUCCCGGACCCUGAUCUACAGCCGCCUCAUCUGCACAGCCAUCUGGGCUCUGGCCGUAGCCCUGUCCAUCCCCACAGUCAUCUAUAACGAGCGGGUUGAGGAGACCAACUGGUUGGGAGAGACUAUAACUGUGUGCCAGGAGCAGUUCAAAAGUAACGAGAGCGCCCGGCUGAUGAAGGUGUUGGUACCCAGCCUGCAGGUGGCCAUGGGGUUCUUCCUGCCCCUCCUGGUCAUGGUCCUCUGCUAUGCCAGCAUCAUCUUGACCCUGCUGAGGGCCCACAGCACCCAGAGGCACAAGGUUCCAGUAUCCACCAAAGUUCCAGUCAUAGAAUUAGAAUGUUAAAUUCUAAGAAUACAGUCAAUGUUUCUUAUAGGGUCAAUUAAGUUUAUCUUGUUGUAUCUUCUCUCGCUUAAGGCAAUGCGUGUGGUCAUAGCCGUGGUGGUGGUCUUCAUCAUGUGCCACCUGCCCUACAACGUGGCCCUGCUCUACCACACAGUGGCGCUGUUCAAGGAGAGGGAGUGUAAGAAGGAGAAGGUCAUCCUCACCACCCUCACCAUCACCAGGAGCGUGGCCUACCUCCACUGCUGCCUUAACCCCAUCCUGUACGCCUUCAUCGGAGUCAAGUUCAGGAACCACUUCAGGAAGAUCCUGGAGGACCUGUGGUGCCUGGGCAGGAAGUACAUCUACCCCUCGGGUCGCUCCUCACGCAUGACCUCUGACCUCUAUAUCCCAGCUCACAGGUCCACUGACGGAUCCAACAACGAGAAUGGCUCCUCGUUCACCAUGUGA